AUGACAUGGGAGGAAAAGUCACAAGAGAAAAUAAACCCAUCUGAUUUUGAACAUUCUGAAGAUGAGGAGGAUCAGCUGGAGAAGGUCCCAAUUGCACUUGAAAACGAUGGUUCCAAGUUAAUUUCAGUUUUUUGCUCUGCGUGUCAACAACCAAUAUAUCCAUACCACCUUCUUUAUCACAAAAAAUCCCACAAAGCUCUAGCUUUGCUGGGCUUUGAUAGCCUACAAAGAAAGACUGACAAAAAAACACUUCUAGCUCAGAGACAAAAGCUCAUUUCAAAAUUGACCAAGACUCCUAAAUAUUCUGAGACACAUAGGCAGAAAAUUGAUUAUUCAUUUGAAUUUCUUAUGAAUAAUCACACUACUACAUCAUACUGUGAUCUUGCUAACGUUAACAAUUCUAGUACUUCUAAGGAAGUAAAUAAUUCUUUAAUAAAAGCGUUAUCAAUUUGCCAAGAUAAAAAUUCCACAUGGCAGAGAGACAUGGAAGACAGAUUUAUUGUGCUUGACAACUAUGGAAAUAGGUCAGAUACAUGUUUUCUGGGGUUAGUUGAUGGCUCUCAUGGUGCGACAGCUGCAGAAACAGUUGCAGCAGAGCUUCCACUUUUAUUCCUUGACCAGCUUGCUCAAACAGAUUUCUCCUACAAAAAGAGUAAGGAUGAACAGCAAAUUCUAGAUUCUUUUGCCACAGUAAUCAAUGCAGAUUACAGAGAGAAAGAGAAGAUUUUCUCUGAUAAACCAGACAAUGAUGACACCAACAAGACUAAUACUUACGAAUGGAUUCACAAAGCAUAUGCCAAGUCCUUUUGGAGAAUGGAUAGACUCCUACGUCUGGGAAGGAAUGAGGUUUCCAAAGUUCGCUGGAGUGGCUGUUCAGCAGUUACCUGUUUGGUGGAAAGAAUCCCCAGUGAAGAGACAGAUGGCACUGAGGAAGAGGAAAGAAAAUAUUCUGAGAACAACACACAGAGUCCAAUAGCCAGGACAGCCAAAGGGUUACUGCACAUUGCUAAUAUAGGUAAUGCACAUGCAGUCUUAUGUAGAAAUGGAAAGAGUCACUGCCUCUCAAAAGAGCACAGCACUUCUAAUGUAAGCGAGAGAAGACGCAUACUUCAGAAUGGUGGAAUCAUCAGCACUAAUGAACCAGAUGGAUUAGUAGAGGGGUACCUGAGAACUACGAGAGGUCUUGGACAUCAUGGAGAUCCAGUACUGAAAAGAUCUGUUAUACCUGUACCUCAUACUGUAUCUGUCCCUAUUGAUGAUACUUGUCAGUUUCUUAUUUUAGCUUCUAAUGGGCUUUGGGAGGUUUUGGAUUACAAUGAAGUACUUGCAUUAACACUAACAACGUUCACUCGUUACUUAAGAAUGUAUGAAUGUAUUCAACAAAACAGAACUUUGCUGUGUAAGUCUCAGGAUUUGAUGCCCCUCACUGAUGACAACUUAAAUGACUCAAAGGCUAUUAAUGGUCUGCAAGAUGAAACAGAGAUACUAUAUUCCAGUAAAGACAUUUUUCCCAAGGAAACUGAUGACCACAAAAAUGAAGCUGAUCCAGAGCUCUCUCUUUUCAGUAGCAAUGAAGUAAGUUCACAGAACAGAGAGAUUAAUCAGUCUGAUUCUAGCACACAAGGUGGCUCUGAAGAACUGAAACAGUUUGAGGACAGAGAAGUGUAUCUAUCUAAGAGUUUUCAGCCACAGUCACAGACUGCAGAGCAGGAAGAAACAGACACUGACACUUUCUGCAUAACAGAUCCAAGUUGCACCCAAAAACAGCAGCAAGAGAAUGUACUGGCAGUAGGGUCUGAAGACAUGAAACAGCCCCCAAAAGAUACAAAUGCAUGCUUAUCUAACUUUGACUCUGGUCUACAACCGGCAGAAAAAACUGACUCCAACAUAUGUUGUGACAAACCUGCAGGUCACACUGGUCAAGAACUGCUGGAGACUGCAUCACCAGUGGGUUCUAAAGCAUCACCGCAGUUUGAAGAGGACACAAACAUACACCCAUCCAAUUGUGAUUCACAAACUGCAGGAAGAGGCAGUGCCACUUCUGGGACAGUCCACAACAAUGCAGCAAGCUACAUCAGUGAACAACUCGUAAAGACUGCAUUAGCUGCAGGUUCAACAGAUAACGUUACCGUUUUGGUUGUACUUCUGAAUGGAUGUGAUAAGAUACCCAAUUACCUCAACAUUUAA